AUGGAGUCGAGUGAUGCAGAUUAUCAAAACGCUUCCUGCAGCGACGACGCGUAUGACUCUGGAUCGGAGUUUAUUAGUGACGCAGAUUCCCCGCGGUCUGUGAUCCUAGGCGAGGAUACGGAAAAUGUACAUCAAGUGAGUGGCGGCUCUGCGAGCGACGAGUCGCAGCGCAAACGCUGUGCGUCGGACCAGCCUUCGCCGCGGGCCUUCAAGCGCCAACGCAGCCAUUUGAACCCCCAAUACCUGGAGCUUCUAAACAGGGACAUUGAAGACGCGGCGCAUAGAGUGUGCCUGGAAGACGUCAUUUCCCUGCCGGACUCUCAGUUGGGGCUCACGUACUGGUCGUCGCUGGAGAAGACGCAGUUUUUCGAAGCAUUGUCGCGCCUGGGCAAGCACGAUCUUCCGGGAAUCGCGCAGCGCAUUGGCACGAAGAGCCUCAUCGAGGUCAAGCACUACUUGCGUGUACUACACGAAGCGGCCAUCGCUCAUCGCUCGCAGAAGAAGCUGUUCAGUUUGGAACCUGCCGAGUAUCCCGCCGCCGUGGAACUGACGCCGCCGUGCUGUCAUGCCCAGGAGGAGGCUGCCGAUGCGGUAUCGAUCAUGCAAGAGGCCAGAGAAAGCCUGCGCGAAAAAGAGAAGUGGCAAGAACAUUGGGACGUUACGCCCCAGAUUGCCGCGAAACUGGAGAAGAGCCAGAAAGAUGCCGGAGCGGCUAACCCAGCUUUUGCGAAGCUGUUUCAUGUCCCACGGUGGCUGAAGCUAGCAGAUCUAAUGUUCAUGAACUCUUCCAUUCCUGGAAGUAACUGGCGCAACAUCGACUCGAGACCACCGUCUAUGUGGGCAACAACGCUGGAUGACUUCCGCUCCCUCGCUCUUUCCAUGACGCGACGCUUAGUGCAGACAACUUUGUUCAUCAGCAUGUCACGGAUUAGAGCAAAAUCAGAGUUGGUGCCUGGUACGAGAAGUAUUGUGCGGAAGAAGGACGUAGAGGCAGCGAUCGCUUCGCUGGGCCUUUCGCACAACGCCAAUGACUGGUGGCGCAAGAGCGCUCGUCGGCUACGACUUGACGUGUACGAGAAUCCUCCAUCUCGAGCCGUCGAAGAGGACGAAGAAGAUGAACCGAUGACAUACGAUGAGGUUGAGGCCGAGUUAGCCGACGAAGAGCCACGCCGUGCCGAAAGCGAAGAUUCUGACGUCGAGAGGGUGAAGUUGGAGCCGCAGCCCCUAGAGGAAGUGGACGAUUCCUCUGCCGACGACGACGACGACGACGACGACUCGGACGACCAAGGAAAGCCUCAGGAUGAGGAGCAACGCGCUGUCAAUCGAGAAAUCAACGAGAUCCUCUGGUACUCGACCGUGGGCAUUCGCGACAUGAAAAGUACGCGUCGCGCGCUCAAGCUGCGCGUCGAGACGGAACGGCGGCAGGAGCGCUACGCCGACACUGUGGAUGAACAUGCAAGCUCUGUUGCCGAAACGGAUAUGUGGGGGCUGCUUCAGAAGGCACCGCUCAUGCAGUGGCCCAAGAUGCCAAACCCUACCAGGCUACAUAUGCAGCGGUCUAAUCUGGACGUGGAGAGCUUGUAUGCGAUAAAUAGAAACUGGGCGGAUGACCUAGACUAUCAGGCAGAGUGGGAGACGCUGCGGAAACCAAUCAAAGCAGUGAGUCGUGAUAGUAAACAUGACUACGAUUGA